AGUACUCCUCCCGGGCCUCUGCUCUCCGCCCGUGGGGAGGGAGGUGGGGGGCUGGGUGGCAAGAGGCGUGUGCCAGCGCGCGCGCUCCCGGGAAGGAGAGAUCUAAGCACUAGAACCAGCGGCCCCAGGUUUUCAGAAGGGAGUAUCUGGGCAGUCUGCGAGCGGCUGGCGCCAGACGGGGCCGAGUCGAGGAAGCGGGCACGAUGGCCGCCCUCCUGCUGCUACCCCUGCUGCUGCUGCUGCCGCUGCUGCUGCUGAAGCUGCGCCUAUGGCCGCAGUUGCGCUGGCUCGCGGCAGACUUGGCCUUCUCGGUGCGCGCCCUACGCUGCAAACGGGCCCUUCGAGCGCGCGCCCUGGCCGCGGCUGCCGCAGACCCGGAAGGUCCAGAGGGGGGCUGCAGCCUGGCCUGGCGCCUCGCGCAGCUGGCCCGGCAGCGCCCCGCGCACACCUUUCUCAUUCACGGCGCGCAACGCUUUAGCUACGCGGAGGCCGAGCGCCAGAGCAACCGGGCUGCGCGCGCCUUCCUGCGCGCGCGAGGCUGGGACGGGGGGCCCGGCGGCGGCGACAGCGGCGCGGGGGGCGCCGGGGAAGGCGAGCGGGCGGUGCACGGCGUACGAGACGCGGCGGCCGGAAGCGGAGCUGCGCGGCCCGUGCGGGAAGGGGAUGGCGCGGCCCCUCUGGCACCUGGGGCCAUCGUGGCGCUGUUGCUCCCCGCCUGCCCAGAGUUCCUGUGGCUCUGGUUCGGGCUGGCCAAGGCCGGCCUGCGUGUGGCCUUUGUGCCCACCGCUCUGCGCCGGGGUCCCCUACUGCACUGUCUCCGCAGCUGCGGCGCCCGCGCGCUCGUGCUGGCGCCAGAGUUCCUGGAGUCCCUGGAGCCUGACCUGCCAGCCCUGAGAGCCAUGGGGCUCCACCUGUGGGCUGCAGGCUCUGAAACCCAUCCUGCUGGAAUCACCGAUUUUCUGGCUGAGGCCUCCGCUGAAGUGGAUGGGCCAGUGCCCGGGUACCUGUCUGCCCCCCAGAACAUAAUGGACACGUGCCUGUAUAUCUUCACCUCUGGCACCACAGGCCUCCCCAAGGCUGCUCGGAUCAGUCAUCUGAAGGUCCUGCAAUGCCAAGGAUUCUACCAGCUGUGCGGUGCCCACCAGGAGGAUGUGAUCUACCUUGCCCUCCCACUCUACCACAUGUCUGGCUCCCUGUUGGGCAUCGUGGGAUGCUUGGGCAUUGGGGCCACAGUGGUGCUGAAGUCCAAGUUCUCAGCUGGUCAGUUCUGGGAGGACUGCCAGCAGCACGGGGUGACGGUGUUCCAGUACAUCGGGGAAUUAUGCCGAUACCUUGUGAACCAGCCGCCGAGCAAGGCAGAACAUGGACAUAAGGUCCGGCUGGUGGUGGGCAGCGGGCUGCGACCAGACACCUGGGAGCGCUUUGUGAGGCGCUUCGGGCCCCUGCAGGUGCUGGAGACGUAUGGACUGACAGAGGGCAACGUGGCCACUUUCAACUACACAGGACAGCGGGGUGCUGUGGGGCGCGCCUCCUGGCUUUACAAGCAUGUCUUCCCCUUCUCUUUGAUUCGCUAUGAUGUCACCACAGGGGAGCCGAUUCGGAACACCCAGGGGCUCUGUGUGGCCACAUCUCCAGGUGAGCCAGGGCUGCUGGUGGCCCCCGUGAACCAGCAGUCACCAUUCCUGGGCUAUGCUGGGGGGCCAGAGCUGGCCCGGGGAAAGCUGCUGAAGGAUGUCUUCCAGCCUGGGGAUGUUUUCUUCAACACUGGGGACCUGUUGGUCUGCGACGACCAAGGCUUUCUUCGCUUCCAUGAUCGUACUGGAGACACCUUCAGGUGGAAGGGGGAGAAUGUGGCCACGACCGAGGUGGCUGAGGCCUUGGAGGCCCUGGAUUUUCUUCAGGAGGUGAACGUCUACGGAGUCACUGUGCCAGGGCACGAAGGCAGGGCUGGGAUGGCAGCCCUGGUUCUGCGUCCCCCCCACUCUUUGGACCUUGUGCAGCUCUACGUCCGUGUUUCCGAGAACUUGCCACCUUAUGCCCGGCCUCGAUUCCUAAGGCUUCAGGAGUCACUGGCCACCACAGAGACCUUCAAGCAGCAGAAGGUUCGGAUGGCAAAGGAGGGCUUUGACCCAAGCGCACUGUCCGACCCCCUCUACAUUCUGGACCAGGCUGGGGGCGCCUACCUGCCCCUCACACCUGCCCGGUACAGUGCCCUCCUGGCCGGGGACCUUCGCAUCUGAGAGCCUCCACACCAGUGUGCCUGAGGGAGGGACUUUGUGGGGUGGGGUUAUUGCAGAUGUAUCAGCCGCCGUCAGGGAUCUCUUCUAUACCAGGUUUGUAAUCUUUAUUUUGUAAUAAAUGUGGCC